AUGCCUGGGAAGUCUACUGGCAAGGUUAGUGGUCAAGACAGCGGUACAAAAGCGACGUCGUCCGACAAUAAGGCUGGUGGCUUUGAGCCAUUAGUCGGGAAAGCUUCGCCACCGACCAAAGGUUGGGAUCUGAUUGCGGAUGCUUGCAAGUCCACUGGUUCCGAAAAGGCCAAGCUACAGCCUGCGUCCUCGCACGAGGCGGCAGCCGUUCCCGUGAACGAGCGUAGGAAACCGAGCAGAUUUUCCAUGUGCUCGAGGUGCCUAGGUGUGUGCGUACCUACCAUCAACUGCUGGUUGAUGGUGACGACCACCUCGGGCCGGCUGGUAGGCACCACCGUGUCCACAGGCGAGGGUGUGAACGUAACCGGCUGGCUCGGUGUGCCGUACGCCCGCGCCUCCGAGGACCAACGUCGAUUCGCCAAGCCAAUUCCUCUCAACAGCUCCGACAACUGCGAAAAAGUGCUCGCCGCGCAGCCCCGCGCACCGUGCGCCCAGUGGGUGAACGGCCGAGUGCUGGGCAGCGAGGACUGCCUGCACCUCAACGUCUGGGCACCCAUUAAGCCUACUACUCUCGACAAUCGCACUACUCUCGACAUUACCAUCGAUAACGGAACUACUCUCGGCAACGGCACGAUGCCUCUGUUGCUAGCGGCGACGGGCCAUUGGUUCCAAAAGAGUACCAACAAUGUGCCCCAAUGGGCCGACCUGGCAGCGAAAGUUGGCGCAGUGGUGGUGGCACCUAACGUGCGCUUGGGUGUCCUGGGCUUUCUGCAUUCGCGGAUAAUGCAAGGUCUCACCCCAGACGUCGCCGAAGAAGACAUGAUGGUCGCCGUGGAGUGGGCGUUGGAGAAUGCUGCUGCUUUCGGCGCUGACCCUUCCGCGCUGAUGCUUGUCGGCAACGGCUCAGGCGCCUACAUGCUCGUGCAGGCUGCCGGUAGACUCAAUGUCUCCGUAGCCCGCGCUGUCAUCGAGGGCUCCGUAACUGAUAACGUGCACGUCGAAAAGUGGCUGGCCGACUACGAGCGCCCCAGCAAGACUAACCGGUGGGAUCCCACUUUGAUGCUGGCAAACAUCAGUUACUACCUCAGUGGAACGGCCAGUGUGUGGUUCGACACGCACGAGGAGGAACUGACCAGUUGGGAUGGACCGAUGGAUCCAUCGAAGGAACUGGCCAAUAAGCUGGGCUGUGACCUCAAGGACAAAAGCAAAUGGUUGAAUUGCUUCUCGGACGCUAAACUAGACGCACUGCUUGGUGCGGCCGCAAAGAUGGACCUGCGCUUCGCACCGUUGUGGGACCCGAUGUUCCUUACUAUUGGGCCGCACGGGAAGAAGCUUCCCGACAUAAAGGAGGUCGUCGCCGGCGCUGACGUUGAACAGGCCGCCACAAUCGAAAAGGCGCCAGAAGUCCGCACGAGGCAAUAUAACCGCCUCAUGCCCCCGUCGAGCUACGGGGAUGUUCAAGCGCUGGUAGCAAACGACCUGCGCGAGACCAUCAGAGCGGUCGUGCGUGAGGAGUUGCAGAAGAUGUUCCCCAGAUCGCAACCUCCGGUGGAUUCGAUAGCCGAUAUCGUUCGUGAAGAACUUCAGCAUUCGCUGGGGGUUGCUGCACCGCUGCAACCUCAGCCGGAAGCCAUGAGUUAUGCUGCAGCAGCCCGACGCAACACCACCCCACCCCACCCCGGGCCUUCCCGCUCGUCAACAGCAACAACUCCCAUGCCUUCUGAAGGAAUACAAAGACUGUUUCUCGUCGUCAUCGCGGGUCCGGCAAACGCCCCUGGCUAA